AUGGACGCCGAAGACUUUCCAACAUCUCCUGCUAAGCGUCAGAGGACAGGCUCUCCAGAAGAAACCAGAAGUAACCUCGAUCCUCUCCAGUCGACAUCCCCAACCGACCAAAAUGGUACCGUCAACGAGCAGCCCGCUGCCGAGCAGAGCGUUCCCGUGGCAGAGUCAGCACCAGAAUCACAGGCCGAGCCAGAGACAACAUCUUGCCGUUUGGAUAAGAGUGAAGACCAUGCCACCCAACAUCCGUCGAAUUCUCUUCUAGAUGCGUUGAUGCUGCAAGUCGAGGCCGAGGCCGCUGCCACCGCAAGACGUUCCUCGCACCCUUCUGGAGAAGCCAGUGACACCCAGCCUAUGCUAAUCGACGGAGAACAUAACAAGGUUGAAGAUGGACGACAUGUUCCGCAGGCAAAUACAACGGAACCAGCCACUACAACUCAGGAGCCUGCACAGGAUGCUACUGGCGCGGGCGAUGUUGAGACAAUGGACGUGACAGAAAAUCAUGAUGCGCAACAAGGCAGCGUUACGCACGUUGAACCAGACGCCAAUGUCUCGAUACCCACUGUGGGAAAUGCUGCGGAUACACCGACCGUCGUCGGUCUCAACUCAACAGAUACAACCUUCCCUGACGGCGCCGAUGAACCCCAACCAGGUGCGGAGGGUGCCGAGUGGGAAAUCGAUUCAUCACCCUACGAGUCCUCUUCAGACUCCGACUCCGACACCUCUGAGGAUACGUCGUCGGAGGAAGACAGCGACGAGGAUGCUGACGGCGACUACGCCAUGCUGGACCCCGAGGAGACGGCAAGAAUACUCAUGCAAGGUGAUGCAGGUUCGGAUGACGAAGGAGGAGGACCCCGAGACAGAAAAGAGGGAGGUCCACUCCGGACGGCAAAUGAACGUGUGGAAGAAGUCAUACCCAAACCGAACAUUACUGUCACAGAAGAUAUGAAGAUUGAAGAACUGGGCAACGUUGAAUUCGUGGUCGAGAGUACGGUCGUUGUGAAGGCCCAUACUUCGGGAGAAUAUCAAGUCUUGGAACCUGGAUCCUUGAUUUGUCUCAAGGACCGAUCGGUGAUUGGAGUGGUUGCCGACUUGAUUGGAAGAGUCGAGGAACCCAGAUACACGAUUCGGUUCACCAAUGAGGACGAUAUCAAAAGCGCCGGGGUUUCCGAAACUGGCACCACGGUCUUCUACGUCCCUCAACAUUCCACGUUUGUCUUCACCCAACCCCUGAAGGGUGUCAAGGGAAGUGACGCGUCGAAUUUCCACGAUGAGGAAGUUGGUGAGGACGAGAUGGAGUUCUCGGAUGACGAGGCCGAGGCCGAGCACAAGCGCCAGAUGAAAGCCAAGAGGCAGGGGAGGUCGCUGGAGCCAGGCAGGGGCCGUGGCAACUCGAAGUUUUCUAGAGGGUCGCAUCGUGGCGGGGGCAGAGGAGGUCAUCAUACCGACCAUCGUCACCGCAACCCCGGUGAUGGCUCCGCCUACGGCAAUGGCUCCCUGGAAAUGAACUAUGACGAUGCCCCGGUGCCAGAUGCAGGCGACGACGGCUAUACGCCAUUGCAAAGACCGCCUGGUCUCGCAGAGAUGGUCGCCAAAGGCGAGCAGCCUCAAGAGGCGUUCCGGGAACGCGGUAUGACGCAUCCACUUCCACCGCCUCCGCAAACUUCACAUUUCAGAGGAGGGGAGUCGGGUGGGCGAGGGAGAGGCUACGGUCACGGGCGAGGGGGUCGAGGAGGAUUCCGGCCGCAGCGUGGACGGGGAGGUUUCAAUCAGCACCAGCCUCAGCAGCCUCGAGAGCCUCCGUUCGGUCAGUAUAACGCAUCCCACAGCAACCAUCAAAAUGGGUACAACCCAUCGUCCACCGCACCCUUGCCUAGUCUCAACGUCCCGACGACGCCUUCCAUAACACCGCAAAACAUAACAUACCCACCAAUGACGCCUUCACCCAUCACUCCUCUCCCGAAUGUCUCGUUCAAUUUUGGCCAGGGCUUUCAACCACCGACCAACUUUGCACCAUUCGUCGCUCCACCGGGCAUGCCUCCACCGCCCUUGUUCCCUGGUGGCAAUUUCGCCCCUCACCAGGCGCAGCACCACCAGCAGCAGCACUUGGGCCAGUACCAGGGCGGACCGCAGAAUUACCUCUCCGGAGCAUGGGCCAGUAACCCGGCGAUCGCAGCGGCGCUGCAGAGACAAGUGGAAGAACAGCGGCGGGCACAGGGACAGGGACAGUAG